AUGAAAAUGGAAGAGGCGAUGUUGUUGAUGAAUCUAAAACCCCCUGAGCGCGAAGCAGUAAAGCGAGAGGAACAAAAAAAGAAAAUUCAGGCAACAGAAACUUCUGGCAAAGGAUCGUAUGUUAAUCACAGUAGCGAUACCAAGGAGCGAUUCUUCUACUUAGUCUAUGAAAAAGACCUGACACCUGGUAAAGCAGCCACGCAGCUUAAUAUCGCUCGACAUACUGCUUACAACUGGUUUGGGAAAGAUCAGAAGGAGCAGAGUGAUGGAAAAGAGAAAAUCAAAGCUAAGACAGCCUGUUCAAAGAAAGGAACUCGUGCAGAAGUUGUUCAACCAACAACAAGAGCUAAAACAACAACGAUUCUGGGUGCUAUUUCACCUUUUGGCGUUGUUAAUAUUCAAGUGAGAAGACCAGUAGCACCUUCAAAGAAAAGAAAAGCAAACAAUUCGAAGGCCAAAAAGACGGUUGUAUCUACCUUUGUCUCUACAUUAUCUUAUCCUAUAACUCUCUAUUAUCAAAACAUCACACGCUACAAGCGCGACGUUACCAAAUACCACCACGACGAGUGGACUAUCGCUGAAGAGAUUAAUAAAUCCUUCAUCCCAAAACUCAAACAUUACACUGUGGACACGACUCAAGUCGUUAACGCUCACUACAAAGGAGCAGAAAUCAGUAGAUUACACGGAAGAGAAGCAACUGAAAUCUUCGAACAACUCUCAAUUAUUAAAGCUGGAGAAAUUUCAACAGCAGAAGCACACCAACUUUUGGACGAAGCCAUCGAAAGUGCCAGAAGACUUGCGACUCAUGCCUGGUUCCAAGACUCGAGCAGCAAACGAGAAGCUUUUGAUGACGAAUUUAUUGCCAUGUACAACGAAGCCAACUAUCAACAACGAGUGCUUCGAGCAGCUACCAUCAACCCUUCCAAUGGACGAGGUCGAGGAGGAUAUUCAAAUUCCUCAAGUUGGAACAGCAAUAGAGGAGGAGGACGUGGUUAUUUUGGCCGAGGAGGACCAAAAAACUACUUUGGAGGAAGGGGACGUGGGAGCCCAACCUUCUACAACAGUACAACAUCAGCAGACCACACAACCACGAGACCUCCCAGUCAACAAUAA